GCUGUAUCCUACGUAUCCACUUCGGCAUCCUCUAUAUGCUCGCUGACUAUCACUGACUAUCUAUUGGCAUUACACUCCUUGAGGUUACCACCACAACCAGCUGUCAUAUUUUAAAGUUACGUAUGGAAAACAACGAAAUGUUAAUUUGUAAGCUUUAAGCUUUAAUAAUUUUAGAGAAAUCCUUGUUGCUCUCCGAUGCCGCUAAAGGCUAAAGCUGGGCCUAUAAGUGAUCAAACUUUUCAAGUUACGAAGUGCCAUAUUCUCCCUAUCCAUAUUGGCUACUUCCAUUGUCUAUCUAAUACACGAUGGGUUCUACUGAGCAGCGAGACCGCGGUGUCCGCAUUGCCAUCGACCGUGGCGGUACCUUUACCGACUGUGUUGGCACCUUGAACGGAAAGGAUGUGGUAAUAAAGCUCCUCUCUGAAGACCCGGCCAACUAUGAAGAUGCGCCGCUGGAAGGCAUCCGCCGUAUCUUAAGCCACUUCGAGGGACGGGAGAUUCCUCGGGGUGAGGCUCUAGAUACCUCUAAGAUCGAUAGCAUACGCAUGGGGACCACGGUGGCCACAAACGCGCUGCUGGAGCGCAAGGGCGAGAAGAUAGCCCUUGUCGUGACCAAGGGUUUCCGGGACUGCCUUGUCAUCGGCAACCAGAGUCGUCCCAAGAUUUUUGAUCUCGCUAUCAAGAAGCCCGACGUUCUAUACGAGGAUGUUGUUGAGAUAGACGAGAGGGUUACACUUGAAGACUAUGCUGAGGACCCUGAGCGGACCAUCACCAAAGCUGAUGCUAAGGCUGGGACGGCGGAAGCAUCGAAAGCAGACUUGGUGUUAGGACUUUCGGGGGAGACGGUGCGUAUUUUAGAACGGCCAGCGGAGAGCAAGAUCAAGGACCAAUUAAAGAGCAUAUUCGACAAGGGCAUCAAAAGUAUAGCUGUAUGUCUAAUGCACGGCUACACAUUUCCGGACCAUGAAGCCUUGGUAGGCAAAAUUGCUAGGGAAAUUGGCUUCAACCACAUCUCGCUCAGCCACGAACUCAUGCCGAUGAUCAAGCUGGUUCCACGAGCGACGAGUGUCUGUGCUGACGCGUACCUGACGCCGGCGAUUAAAAAGUACAUCGCCGGUUUUCAGAAGGGAUUCGCCGGUGGCUUAGGAACACGAAGUGUUCUUCAGGAGAACGGCAGCAAAGGUGCAAGAUGCGAGUUCAUGCAGAGCGACGGGGGGCUGGUUGACGUGGAGAAGUUCACCGGGUUGAAGGCCAUCUUGUCUGGUCCUGCAGGAGGUGUGGUGGGUUACGCUAUCACAAGCUAUGAUGAGGAGACCAAGAUUCCGGUAAUCGGAUUUGAUAUGGGUGGUACUAGUACCGACGUCUCACGUUAUGGAGAAGGUCGGUAUGAGCACGUCUUCGAGACGACAACCGCAGGAGUCACGAUCCAGUCACCCCAGCUCGACAUUAACACCGUUGCUGCUGGAGGCGGAAGCAGACUCUUCUUCAAGAACGGCCUCUUUGUCGUCGGACCCGAGUCAGUAGGAGCCCAUCCCGGCCCUGCUUGCUACCGAAAAGGUGGUCCCGCUGCAGUAACAGACGCAAACUUGUUCCUAGGUCGUCUGCUACCCGAGUUUUUCCCUAAGAUCUUUGGUAAAAAUGAAGACGAGGGCUUGGACUUUGAGGCAAGCAAGAAGGUUAUCCAAGAGCUCACUGAUCAGAUCAAUAAGGAAACUGGCAAGAAUAUGAGCUUAGACGAAGUAGCCUACGGUUUCUUAACGAUAGCAAAUGAGGCCAUGACAAGGCCGAUCAGGUCUAUUACUGAAGCGAAGGGCCAUGACUCUUCGAAGCACCGAUUGGCGACCUUUGGUGGUGCCGGUGGUCAGCAUGCUGUUGCCAUCGCAGAGGCUCUAGGUAUCAAGCAGAUAUUAGUCCACAGGUACUCAUCGGUUUUAUCGGCAUAUGGAAUGGCCUUGGCGGAUGUUGUCGAUGAGAGGCAAGAGCCAGACUCCACCGUAUGGCAAGAUAAGGGAGACGUGGUCAAUGAGUUGAAAGCCAAGAUGGAAAAAUUAAAAGAAAAAUCACGGAAGGCCCUACAAGACCAAGGUUUCGAGGACAGCGAUAUUGUCUUUGAAGAAUAUCUCAAUAUGAAAUAUCGUGGAACUGAGUCAGCUCUCAUGAUUAUCAAGCCUAAUGAGGAGAAGGCAAAAGCGUCUUACGACGGCGAGGACUGGGCGUUCGGCAAGGCCUUCGUAGACCACCAUCGUUACGAAUUUGGAUUUACUCUGGAUGACAGAGAUAUCAUCGUAGAUGAUGUGCGAGUUCGCGGUAUUGGAAAGAGCUUUACAUAUCGGGAUAAGACUGUAGAUCAACAGUUAAGGGAAGUUAAGCGACAGUCCAUCGGUGACCAGAAAGCACAUGGCAAGUCUCAAGUUUACUUCGAAGGUGGUCGUUUAGAGACGCCAAUCUACAAACUCGAAGACCUAUCGGUUGGUGACGAAAUCAACGGACCAGCUGUUCUCGCAGAUGGUACACAAACUAUCGUGAUCACUCCAAAGGCGAAGGCGCUAAUACUCGAAACACAUGUCAUCAUUGACUUGGAGAAAAAUAGCAAGGAUGACUCGAAUAAGAAGGAUUCGUCUGAACGGAAGGCCGAUCCUAUUCUGCUAAGUAUCUUCGGUCAUCGCUUCAUGGCCAUCGCAGAACAAAUGGGCCAUGCGCUCCAGAAGACGAGCGUGAGUACAAAUGUCAAGGAGCGCCUCGACUUCUCAUGUGCUAUAUUCGAUGCGUCCGGAGGACUCGUAGCCAAUGCGCCGCAUUUACCUAUCCACUUGGGCUCCAUGUCGACGUGUGUUAGGACACAAGCCAAGAUUUGGGAGGGUAAGCUCAAAAAGGGAGAUGUGAUCAUGUCGAAUCACCCAUCGUACGGCGGUACACAUCUGCCAGACAUUACUCUUAUCAUGCCCGCCUUCAACGAGAAGGGAGAUAAAAUUCUAUUUUACGCAGCAUCACGAGCACACCAUGCAGAUAUCGGUGGAAUUACAGCGGGUAGCAUGCCGCCGCUUUCGCGAGAGCUGUUCCAAGAAGGCGCAUCGAUCGAGAGUGAGAAGAUUGUCAGCGAGGGUAAAUUCAACGAAAAGAGAAUUACAGAGCUACUUUACAACGAACCAGCAAAAUACCCUGGCUGCAGUGGAACUAGAUGUCUGGCAGAUAAUAUCAACGAUCUCAGGGCGCAGGUGUCUGCGAACCAAAAAGGUAUCUCUCUGAUCGAGGGCCUCAUCCAGGAGUACGGCGAAGAUACCGUACAAUUCUACAUGGUCAGCAUCCAAAAUAAUGCAGAACUCUGUGUUCGGCAGUUAUUAAAGCAGGUCUACAAGAAAUUCGAAGGGAAAGACCUGUCUGCAGUUGACUAUAUGGACGAUGGGACUCCGAUUCGGCUACGCGUCACUAUCGACCCAGAGAAGGGCGAGGCGGAGUUCGACUUUGAGGGAACGGGUCCUCAGGUGUACGGCAAUGUCAAUGCACCCGAAGCUAUCACAUACAGCGCUAUCAUCUACUGUCUGCGCUGUCUUAUUUCUGAAGACAUCCCCCUGAAUCAGGGCUGUCUCAAACCUGUCAACGUCAAAAUUCCCCCCAAGUCACUCCUGUCGCCGUCGACGGGUGCUGCCGUGGUGGGUGGUAACGUACUGACCAGUCAGAGGGUCACAGAUGUUAUAUUGAAAGCAUUCGAAGCAUGUGCUGCCAGCCAGGGUUGCUGCAACAAUCUGACGUUUGGAUUUGGCGGUAACGUCUCGGGAGAGGAAGAAGUCAGGGGUUUCGGGUACUACGAGACGAUCGCGGGCGGUAGCGGUGCGGGACCGGACUGGGAAGGCACUAGUGGUGUCCACGUACACAUGACGAACACGCGCAUUACAGACUCUGAAGUAUUCGAGCGACGGUACCCCGUCCUCCUACAUGAGUUCUCCAUCCGCAAAGGGUCGGGUGGUAACGGCCAACAUCGCGGUGGCGACGGAGUCGUCCGCGACAUCGAGUUCCGGAUCCCCAUUCAAUGCUCGAUCCUCAGCGAGCGACGAGUCUACCGGCCUUACGGUCUGGCCGGCGGCGAGGAUGCCGAGUGCGGUCUCAACAUCUGGGUACGCCGCGUGCAGAAAGCCGACCCAGAGAAGGAUCUUGCCACACAAGGUGUACACGCACAGCAGGACAAAGACGACGUCGAGUAUGAGGUACGCUAUAUCAACCUAGGUGCUAAGAACAGCGCCCCUAUGAAGCCUGGAGACCACAUCAUCAUUAAUACACCCGGAGGAGGAGGUUGGGGUAAGGUCGGAGACCAGAAGGUGGAUAGAUUACGGAGAGACCAUACCGAGUCUUGGAGGAAGGGUAGCCAUACCGCUAGGGAAGAUACCGCUCUGCAGGCAUAGGGCCGUGGAAGCUUCGUAUGAGGUAACGAGUAGGCAUGACGUCUGUGUUACUUCUCCCCCCUUUUUACGAGGUACCUAAGGUAUUAAUGGGAGUUGUCCGUAUUAGUGUCUUGGCGGAUUUUAAAGCUGUGCCGCCCGUAAAUCCAGAUUUUCCACUCACUCACACGCGGCUAGUCGUCGCCAACGUGACAUUACGCAGUCGUACAAUCAAUCAUGGGUAUAAGCUGACCGACUUGGGGGGUUACCAGAUAUCUGGGAGUCUUUGCCAUCAACCCCCCCUUCCCCCCCAACCACCCCCACCGGCGAAGCUAUCAAAUUAGGAAGGUGAAUAGGCGGGAGCGUCUAUCGACUAACUAGCGAAUUGCCGGACAUGUUUUUUGUCAAAAAAAAAAAAUUUUGACGCGGCCUAGGUAUUAUCUCGGGCUAACAGUCUGGAAUCCAGGUAUGUUGGUGGGAAAACACUAGGCGUGAGGGGCGAGGGGCGAGGUGUAAGCGCAGGUGUCUUGGUAAUUAAUGGUUAAGCGAUGUGCAGGAGCUAGAUGUUAGUAGGAUUUAUUAGUAAAGUCGUGAAAUUUGGGAAAAGGGGGGAGGGGGGAAGUGAGCUUAGGUCAGGUACGUAGUUGGGGGCUUGACGGG